AAACAUUUUUUUAAGAAUGCGUGCGAUAUACUAGCCUCAAUAUGCUGGUCGUGGAAAAGUUGACCAGAACUUUCCAUCACAGUGAGGGCAGGUCUUUGAAAAACAGUUACUGAAAUGGGAGUGGCGGGCAGAAAUAUAAGUAACACUGAGGCAAAGCAGGAAUUGUGGGUUAAGUGCAGCGUUGACUUGUGUAUUUCCACGAGAAGUCGUGUUUCUGGGACAUUCGGGGACGUUGUCCAGGUCCAGUCCAGUCCAGUUCGGGCCGGUCCGGUCCGGGUUGUUUGCCUCACACACGCAACACAAACCUGCCGUACAGAUGGAGCGGCUCAGCCUUCGCUAACGUUCCAGUAGCAAAAGUGUGUUUUACUGCGUGUUUCCAGAUGACACGACUCUCGUGCACUUCUCUUGACCUGUUACUCAUCUCUUUUUGAAACACGGUGGCCUUUUUGGGCUGAAGUUAAAGGUAUUAUUCGGGAAGUGAGUCCAGUUCGUCUCCCUCCUUCGCUUCUGCGGGAAUGACACCGUAGUAAAGUGCCUCUUUCUGCCCGGCGUAAUCUGUCACAGCGCAGUUCUUUCUGUCAGUCAGUGUGUAGCUGCAGCGCAUAUAUUUACAUAAGUACAUAAAGUGUCCCUGGCUGGGGGCGGAAGAGUGACAAACGGUGACAAACGCAGCCCGGUGUCGCCGCGUACACCGCAGCCCUACACGCAGCCCGCCUUGUCAGCGCUGUGACAGCGCGCCGUCUGCGCAGCCGAGCGCCCCCGGCUGCGUCCUCACGCGGAAGCCCACACAAUGAACGCGCUGGCCUCGUGCGCGCUGUUCGGCGCCGUCGCCUACCUGUACGGCAGCGGGCUCAUGUCCGCGCUCUGCGCGUACGUUGCAGAGACAGUGCUCGGGAUGUCCGGGAGCGCGGAGCAGCGGCGCGACGCGCAGGGGGUGCCCCGCGCGGACCUGGAGCACCUCGUGAACGCGGACGGCCAGCACCUGUUCUGCCGCUACUGGGUGCCGGAGGCCCCCCCAAGGGCACUGGUGUUCGUAGUUCACGGAGCAGCAGAGCACUGCGAGUGCUACAGCGACCUUGCCCAGAACUUGACCAAACAGGACCUGCUUGUCUUCGCCCAUGAUCACGUGGGUCAUGGAAAGAGCGAAGGGGACAGGUUGGUGGUCAAGGACUUCCAGGUGUACAUCAGAGACUCGCUGCAACACAUUGACCUUAUGAAGGAGCGCUACCCCGGCUUGCCCAUCUUCUUCAUCGGACACUCAAUGGGCGGAGCCAUCUCGAUCCUGACCGCCUGCGAGCGCCCCGGUGAUUUUGCUGGGGUGGUGUUGAUCGCACCCCUGAUUCAGCUGAACCCUGAUACGGCCACGGACUUCAAGGUGGCCGUCGCUAAACUUCUUAACCACAUGGUGCCAAACCUAUCUUUGGGUGCCAUUGAGCCCAAGUGGAUCUCGCGGGACCAGAAGCAGGUGGAGGCAUACGAAAAGGACGAGCUCAUCUACCACAGGGGCUUGCGGGUCUCGUUCGCCGUGCAGCUGAUGAACGCCGUGGAGCGGAUCGAAAAGGCCGUGCCCACUAUCGGGUGGCCUUUCCUGCUGCUUCAUGGGGACGUGGAUAAACUCUGUGACAUCCGAGGCUCCCAGGUGAUGUUUGAGAAGGCCCCGAGUUCUGACAAGGAGAUGAAGGUGUACGAAGGUGCAUACCAUGCGCUCCACCACGAGCUUCCAGAGGUUGCGGACUCGGUUUGGAAGGAGAUCAACACCUGGAUAAAGAAGCGCAUCCCCAUACAGCCGUCGUCGGGUUCCUAGAGCCCCAGUUUAUAAAUCCUCUUCCUCUGUCAGUUUCCUGUAACCGUCUGGUGCUCUGGUAUUUUGUAAAAUUCUUUUUAACAUUUAUAUUGACAAUACUACAAUCUCAGUUUGACCUCUGUCUGGCAUUUUGAGAUUCAUGACUGUUUCAGCUGGAGGCUCUGUUGUAGAUUGCAGAAUCUGAAUGUCAACUGGCCAUGGGAGGCCAUUAUUGAGCGAAUGCAGAUGUUUCAGGGAAGUCGCGUCAAAUCCGUCCUGUUUAUAAUGAAGGACAACUUUUGUAUACCUCUAGUGUGUAUUUGGAAUGAAAUAAUUUAUGUCCUUUAUCGCUAUUCUACCACGACAUGUGAAAAGCUUAAUGAAGAAUGCAUCAUAUGUUAGAAUAGUCGAUCCUUGUGAGAUAAAAAGCAUGAUUAAAACGAAUUAUCUUCAGACUUUCUUCUCCUUAGUUAAUGUUGUUCAUGCUUGGUGGACUGGACACUCUUACUGGGAUGUUCAAAUGAACAAUUUGUUCCUAUUAGAAUGUCAGUGACUUCUGUGCUUGUAGCCCGUAUGAUGCCAGUCCUGUCAAUCGGUCAUACAGGUGACAUCUGUAAGAGUUCCUUGUUACCACGGCACCCCUUCCGGAAACAAGUGGAAAAACAAUGAGUGAGCCCACAGCCUGCAGAAGGCAUGCUGUACAUGAAACAUCAACAGAAAUGGACUUUGAACAGAUGAAUCUAUUAAAGUAGUAUAAAGGCUGCUUAUGUGUUGGUGUUGGCGCGUCAUGUGCUACUGAAAUUAACUCACUAAACGCUCAUCACGGUCUGUUUUUUAAUUUUUGCAUCAAUUAAGGUUGUAACAAUAAGGUUUGAAAUGACUGUUGACAAAGCUGCUAUUUGUGGACAUCCUAUCAUGUGUAUAAUGGUUCCUUGUGUUCUUUUCAUGCUACUUAUUAAGUAGAAAUCCAGUGCCUGGCUGGAAUAAUCUGUGCUCUCUGUAUCUGGGCUCUUUUCAUUACAGACAAAAUGGAUCCACUCUUUUAAUCUCUGUUGGUAGACUGCCAUCCAGCCUUCUGGAUGUUACACAGAUGUAUGUAUUCAGCAUAAACAGAGUCAGAAUGCACCCUUUAUAUCAUGAGAGGAAAGGGGGUAUUGUUAUAGUUUUCCCUAGAAAGCAAAUUUGAAAUUCAAAUGACAUGUUCAUUAGAAGCACCUGAUUCAAUUAAUAUCUGCAUUCACUGAGAUUUUGCUGGCAAAUAGGGCUGUUUUUGUACAAGGAUCUCCCCAUUGGAGGUCUAAUUCUUGCCCUUGAGAAGAUACUGGAAUUCAGAGAAUAUCAAUGUAUGUAAGGAAAGGAUGUAAACGUUGAAUAGAAAAUGUCCCGAGACUGAUCCUUGAAGCACGCCUGUGGUGAAUUUCUAAAGGUCAGAAAAUUAUUCAACGACACAAAUGAACUGGUUGGAAAAGUAGCAUAUUAACAUGUCCAAGGUGGUAGCUAUUAUGACAAGUUCCUGAAGCAAAGAGUGGGUAACAGGGACAAAAUCUGAUAAGCAGUCAAGAAGGGUGAAGAAAGAUGACAUUGAAGCCCCUCAAGCUAAGGAAAAGAAUGUUUGUUAGUGAGUGCAGAGUAGUUUCCAUAGUCAUCUCUGCAAGCAACAGACUGCAGAGCACCCUUUAGGUUGCUUCUGGUGGAAAAAAAGGAGAGUACCCCCAUCAACACAUCCUCCAAGCACCGAACUCUACAAGAAGUACGUAGGGUGACAAUAAAAGGUCUUUUCUAACUGUUAUUCUGAGUGGAGAAGAGGUGAGGAACUGCAGUUUGAAAUGUACAUGAGACACUAUAAUAAACAAACAUGUCUUGAAACUGAACUCUGAGCUCAGUCUGUAUAAGGAAUAAUCAGUUAGGUGCAACACUGUGCCUUUACCCCAGCAUUUUGGAACAUAACAAAGGUCUUCUUUACAUAAUCUGGUAGAUGCCAAGUGUUUUUUGUAAAGAAAAUAUUAAUAAAAAUGGAGUUAGCCAUGCAGCAUGUGCUGAAUCACGCAGAUCUGGGGGAAGAAAAACAUUACAGACGGCAAACUGUUUUCACAGGAGGAGAAAUGAAAUCCGGAGAGAUCUGCAAAAAACAGUGUAACAUGCUGCAAAUAGUCUUCAUCAAUAUACAGACUUUCCUCCAGUCAUAGUACAGUAUAUUGACAGUACAUAAUUUCACCACAGAAUCAGUUUGCUUUAAGUAAAUAAGAAAGCAAAUAAAACUGCAACUGGCAAUCUGAAUUUAACACUUCCAAUCAACCCCUGUGAAGUGACCUUUUUAAAAUACAUUUAGCUGGAUAAGAUAUGAGCGCUGCUUUUUAUUUCAGAAUAGCCACUUCUAUGAGAUGACAACAGUUUAUUAGUAACAUCAUUAGAGACAAGAGACUGUGUAUAGUAACAGGAAUAAAACAGUUGCUAUGGUGCUAAAUAAAGCUAAUAUAUCCACUAUACUAAGUAUGCCUUUAACCUUGAAAAUACAUGACUGAUGUUUUCAUAAGCAACUCUGUAACCGCUUAACCAAUGAUUAGAUCCUGUACUUGCCUUUUGCUCUUAGAAUCAGAACCACCUACUCAUUUUGAAUUAAAAUUUAACCAUAUGACUCCGUGUUGUUUAACUGCAAACCAAAAUGAUAUACAAUCGCAACAAAAGAGGUUUAAAUUGUCAGCAUUAUGGAAUAAUGUCCC